AUGUCUGCUAGAAUAGAUAAAUCCCAUGGUGUGAAAGGUAGAUCAGAUGGCCCAAAUGAAGGGGAAGUAGAUUGGCAAGAAGGAGAGGGGAUAAUAGUAGGUGGGAGAAGGAAUGCAGACACAUUAGAGACUAUAGAAAGAGAGGUGAUAGAGGAAACAGUGGAAGAUACUGGGGAAGGUGGGUCAAUAGAAGGCAAGUUAAUGGAAGAGAUACCAAAAUUCAAAAAGGGAAAUAGAGUGAAAAUUGGAAUUGUUAUUUUGGAUGUCAAAACUGCAUAUUUACAAGGUGACGAGAUACAAAGAGAAGUGUAUGUGAAGCCACCGAGGAAAGACGGUUGGAGGGGAUUAUGGAAGUUGAAGGAAACCGUCUAUGGGUUCAAGGAUGCAGCAAAAGCAUGGUAUUGUAAAGUGGUGAAAGUAGUGAAGGAGCUUCAAGUGGUGGUAAUAUCUUUUUGUUAUUUACAGUGGCAAGGUCAUGAAAAGGCUUACAAUAACAUGCUUAUUGUUGCUGCACUCAGACUGGGAAUAGAGAGACUGUGGGUCCCUGAUGGAUAUCAUCCUUUCCUGGCGAGCGAAAUAUCAGAACUAGUUUCUUUGGUGUUUCCCAGUGAUGCGAUGCACUUUUCCCUGAAGGAACUCGAUCAGUCAGAGCCAUCAUUUGAUUAUUUUGCCAAACAUGCUCCAAAUUUCGAGAAAAUUUAUGUGCCACGGAGUGAUAACGUUGGUUUUGUGAAAUGUUGCCAAUUUAGAAAUCUGCGUGUAAUAGAGUUUGCUGGUGGCGUUUCGGAUAAAGUUCUUUGCAAUGCCCUGUGGUGCACUGGUAGCAGGAAAAGUGAAAAAAUCUUAGACUUAGCAUUAACAAAGGAUCACAAAUCCUGGAGUUUGACGCUACCUCAUCUAGAAGUGCUGGAAAAUAAUAUAUACAGGUAUGACAAUUUACUUUCUACGAUGAGAGUAACUUUAGGUGCUGCGGCCUUUGCUAUCCAGCCAAAGAUGGCAGCGGUGGGAUCCAGACUUGAGUGGGGUACUUACGAAGCUAUUUUGCAUUUGCUUGAUAUGGAGGCAAAGUACAAGAAUGGAGAUGUUGGGACCCAUCAGUUUAUGUGACAGUUUGGCCAUAAGGUAUGAAGAGGGCAAUCUGGAUAUAAAAGAAUUAUCAAGG